AUAGCUGAAGGAGGUUUUGCUAAAGUAUAUUCAGCCAAUUGGAUUGAUGCAUACAUUAAAGGUUGGGAUCAAAAAACUAACAACUGGAAAAGAAAAGAGCGAAAGAAAGUUGCUUUAAAAGUACUAGAAGAUUCAUCUUGAGAUAUAAGUAGAACAUUUCUUAAUGAAUUAGAAGCUUUGGUAAAAUUAGCUGAACUGAGUAUUACUGGUGGAAAGUUAUUCAUAGUACCGCUUUAUGGCAUUUCACAAGAUCCUGACACCGAGAAUUUUAUACUAGUAUUUAAAUAUAUAGAAAGUAAUUUUCAUUAUUAUUAUCGUACUCAAGAAUUCAACCAACUAAUACUUGGCACAAAGUUGACUUGUAUUUGGGAAAUUUGUAUGAGUCUUGGUAUAAUCCACUUAAAUAACUUAGUUCAUAGAGAUUUUCACGUGGGUAACAUUUUGCAGAAUGGUCUAAAAACGUAUAUAAGUGAUUUUGGAUUAUGUAAGCCAGCGCAUGAAAUGAAUGAUCAAAAAAUUUAUGGAGUAUUACCAUAUAUAGCACCUGAAGUAUUACGUGGAAAACCAUAUACAAGGGCAUCUGACAUUUAUUCAUUGGGAAUUAUUAUCAAUACAAUCAUUUCUGGAAAAUUACCAUUUGAUGAUCGAUCAUUUGAUCGUUAUCUUAUAAUAGAUAUUUGCCGUUAUGGAUUACGUCCAGAAAUUAGGGAUGAAACGCCACAAGUUUUAAAAGAAAUAAUUCAAAAAUGUUGGGACGAAAACCCAGAAAACUGUCUAACCACUUUUGACAUCCUUAAUCAAAUACGUUUUCCAGAUAAUUCUAAAUUAGACUAUAAAACAAUUGAGGAUGUAUAUUCCACAUUUGUAUCAUUAUCAUUAGACUCAAGAUCUCAAGCAAAUUAUAAAAGUAGAUUACUUGAUUUACCAAAUUUAUCAGAACUAGAAUCUGAACUUGCAUCAGAUUCGAUGCAAAUAUCAACAGGUGAAAUUGAAUCGUAAGAUUAAAUUAUUAGUAUUACAUACCCGAUCUUUAAUAUAACAAUAGUGUCGAUCUUAGACGGAGUCGAGCAGUUAGCGCACUUGAAGCUGCUAAUUUGGUACCCUUUAAUAAUAUUCACUUAGAUAUUCGAC